CAGUAGUACUGAAUGUGUCUAUCACUAGUUCACUGGAUACAGCUCGAUAGGAGCAUUCAUACUGUUUAGUGUAUUCGAGUAAACUCAGUAUACUAUAACCAGAGUCAAACUACAAUAGACGCAUAAAGCAGACAAUUAAUACUCGUAUAUUCCAGAUGUCUGUGGCAAAAUCUCUAAGGUCUUUACCUGCAUCUAGUAAGCAUGCCUACGACUAUGUGAUUGUAGGUGGUGGAAGUGCCGGCUGUGUAAUGGCCAAUCGCCUUUCAUCAAACCCCAAUGUACGAGUUGCCCUACUGGAAACGGGCCUAGAUGACAAUACACCCUUGAUCCGCAACCCCAGUGGUUUCUUUUGGACUGUUCCUUACAGUACGACGUAUAAUCACCGGUACUCUACUACGCCUCAGGAACAUUGCAAUGGUAGAAGCUUGUUUCAGCCCCGUGGGCGUGGUAUUGGCGGCUCCUCUGCUAUCAAUGCCAUGGUGUAUAUUCGGGGACUAAAGUACGAUUUUACCAACUUGUGGGCUGGUGAAGGUAAAUGCAAGGGCUGGGAGUGGGAGAAUAUUCUUCCCAUAUUCAAGAAGUUGGAAUGUAAUGAUAGCCUUACGAAUGAUCCGUACCAUGGCACUGAGGGACCUCUUCACGUGCGUACUCAAGCACAUAUCGGCCCGUACAGCGAGCGCAUCGUUAAAGCAGGCAAUGAGUUAGGAUGGAAAUCAACCAAAGACUUCAAUGGCGAAGAUCAGUCUGGAGUAGGGUAUUACCAGUACACGCAAACCAAGGGUGGUCGUUGCAGCUCUGGUGUUGCCUUCCUUACCCCAGAGGUUCGAGCUCGUUCAAAUCUGGAUAUCUUCGUUGACGCACACGCCACAAAGAUUCUUACUGAAGGUAAACGUGCAACUGGAGUGAAUGUAGUGGUAUCAGACAGCUCUGAUGCUGCUAACCCCGUCACAUUUGAAGCAAGAAAUGAUGUUAUCCUAUGCGGUGGUGCAUUCAACAGCCCUCAGUUGCUUCUGCUCUCGGGGAUUGGUCCCAAGGACCAACUGGCCAAGCAUGGAAUUGAUGUAGUCCAUGAAUUGCAGGGUGUGGGCCAGAAUCUUCAGGAUCAUGCUGACAUCUGCGUCAAUGCGAAAACUUGGAGUAUUAGCAUGCCGCUGCAAAUCGGACUCACCAACUUGCCCAAUCAGAUUAAGCACUUCUUCCUGGGCGUUUUCAAGGAUGAAGGAGUGUUCAUGGGAGAUAAUCAGAUGGUCGGUUCAUUCUUCAAGAGCAGACCUGACAUUCCCGCUAACGAUAUUCAAAUGCAUGUCGCCCCCUUUUAUUACAAGGAUCACGGCGCUACUUUACGAUACGGUGGUGGCAUUACAAUCAAAUCGUGUUACAUGCGCCCCGAGUCCCGUGGCACGGUCCUUUUGAAGUCAACUAACCCAAUGGAUGCCCCUCUAAUCGAUCCCAAAUACUACGAUGUACCGGCCGACUUCGACCCUAUGGUGGCUGCAGUACGAAAGAGCAUCGAGCUGAUUAAGACCAAGGCCUUAGCUGAAGAUAAACUGGUGGUCAGUGGCUUCGACGAUAAGGAUGUUGACAACCUUACGGACAGCGACAUUGUGGAGUAUCUACGACAGAAUACAGAAUCUAUCUACCACCCGGUAUCUACCUGUAAAAUGGGACCGGCAUCAGACCCUAUGGCGGUUGUAGAUCACUCUAAUGGCCUUAGAGUACAUGGCAUGGAAGGACUAAGAGUCAUCGAUGCGUCCGUAAUGCCUACAGUGGUGUCCGGAAACACAAACGCACCUACCAUGGUAAUAGCCCAGAAGGCUUACAAUCAAAUGAUUGGCCAAGACCGAGUGGUCGAUGUCACUGACGACGCAGCUGGUCUAUAGGUGUUUCGACAUUUUUUUUAUCUAUAUGCCUUUAAACAUGCUUUAUAGCAUAGUACGAUUUCUAAAUAAAUAAGUGCACGCAA